AACAUGUAAAAUUAAAUUUAAAUGUGUUGUUAGUUAGAUUACAAAAUAUAGAGUCAAAAAAACCAAAACCAUUUCAAUAUUUAAAUUCAAUUGUUCGUGCUUGCGAUGAGUUUUUAAUUACACGUAAUGGAUAUUGCCAACUUGCUGCUAUUAUGCCUGAUAUAGAAUUUCUUAAAUUGGCAUAUAAUGAUUCACCAGUCCUACAAAUAGGAGACAUUAUUCAUAUUAAAUUAAGUGGAGAUAGCCGACAAGUUGAACAAUAUGAAUUACUUCAACAAGCUUUUAGCUUUUUAAUUGAUGAAUUAUUAUUAUUAAAAGCAGAAGGAAUUAUUAAUUCAAAAAAUAAUCAUUGGCUAAUUGAAUUUUGGUUUAGCUCCAAUUAG